AUGGAUAGGUUUAUAUGUGGAAAUGAUCUGUUUGAUAAAGCACCCCUUAAGAAGCCGCAGACCUCCACUCUCGGAAUUCCAAAUAGAAAGGCAUUUUGUGAGCCAUAUAAUCCGGAGGAAAUUGAAAAUACAUUUUCUAAAUUCUUUACACAGUUACGUCAAGAAUGUUCUAGUCUAAACAGCAAAAUAUCUCAUGGUGAACUGUUGCAGUCUGGUAAAAUUGGUCGUGUCGACCCUUGCCUAGUCAGACUAACUAUUAAUCGUGGAAAGUUGCUGCGUAAAUAUGGAUUUUCUCUGGCGGAUGGUUCGCAAUGCUUUUAUCCUGAGGAAGCGUACUACUUAUCACAGUGCAAUAAGCUCCAGGUCUAUGAUGGUGGUCUACCCCUAAGUCUUCAACAACUAUUUAACACUCUGUUCCGAAAAGAUACAGAAUUUGCCAACUAUCUUGUUUACGUCAGGCUUACGAAACAAGGAUUUGUCCUUCGCCGCCGUAAGAAUCUCAGCGAAUCUAACCUUCAACCGCUUGAAUCUAAGAUAAUUACUGUUCCUAUCGAUCAAUUUUCUCCAGAAUUGACAAUAAAAUCAACUCGAUACUAUAAUUCCAAAGAAGUGGUCAUCGUCUCUCCAUUAUCUAAACCUUUUUCAGAAACCCCUGAUUUUGUCCCUCCCAGUUCAUUCUAUUCUCAUGAUUUCAAUCCGGAAAAAUACAAGGACCUCGUCAUAUUUGAUGUCUUUGAUGACCGAAAGGGCGAUUUUAAGAAGAAUAUGUCGAUCGAACCUAAAUUUGUUCUCUUGGUGUUAUUGUCAAAUGAUAUGGGGAUUUUCCCGCCUAAUGAAUGCUUUCGUAGGAACUUUGGGAUCAAACCUGAGACCAAAAUUCUUGUAGCUGUUGUAAAUAAUGGUGAUGUACAUUUCAUGUGUACCAAUUCAUUUUCUAUACCAACUAUUAAACGUGUAUUGAUUUAG